AUGCUCACUAUGAAUGCCUCAGAAGGGGAAAUUCAUUGGGUCCUAGGAGUCAGCACACUUCCCAGCAAGGAACGGAUUGGUCGACAUCGGCAUCCUCUUCAAAUGACCCGAUCAUGCGUGGUUCCACUUUGCCAGAUUGUUGAAUCCAGGCAUCCUGCUCCAGGCAUCCCGCUGGCCCUUUUAGCCCCCAUUUUAGCUUACGCUCGUAUUCUGCGCGACAUCGAUUCAGCUGGUGAUUUGACUGCCAUUUCCUGGAACCCCACCACCCCACAAAGCUUUGCCCUAAGCCUUCCCGCAUGGGCGCAAGCAAAAUCAUGGGCUCCUUCGUCAGUCCAAGACGACAGCCGUUGGCUAGAGGUUGCGCCUCUGCCGCACCGUGACGGCGCGUCGACGAAUGAAUACCGCGACUCCCACCGAUCGGCGGUUGAAAUGGCUCCGGAAUUGGCCAUGCGAGAUACGGAAGAAUUGCUGCUGCAGCUAGAACCUCCUGCUCUGCAAGAGAACGACCCGAGCACACCCCUAUACCGCCUCCGAGCGGGCAAAGAUGCUGCGCCUUUAGAUGGUCCUCUGGGAUGGAUAUUCCAUCUUCCCCACUGCAGUCCGUCAUCGCCAUGGCAAAAUAUUCCUCUUGUUAGGGGGUAA